AUGGAGGCUGAAAUGAAGAACUACAACCCAUGGGGCCGGGGAGGGUGCGGCUUACCCCUCAGAGACACCCGAGGGGACCUCAUAACUGACCUGAAGCAGAUGCACAGGCAGAAUGAGGAAGCUUGGCUGAACCCCGAGACCUCUCUGAAAGAAGCCACCAGGCCCAUCCUGAGGGAGGACAGACUGCCUCCCAUCAACACAGUCUCUGGUUUUGCCCCUGUCCAGACCUCCAUGUUUGCCAGAGGAAAUGUGUUUCCUAACCAGCCAACGCUUCAUCAACUCACUGAACUGGAUAAGUAUAAGCUUGGCCUAAAACAACAGAUUGAGGAGAAGCACCUUAAGGAGGCAGAGGAGAGGGAGAAGCUACGUCUGGAGGAGGCAAAGGAGGAGAGGAGGCUGGCAGAGCAGAGGGCUCAAAUUUAG